AAUCGUGUUAGAAAUGUAGAUGUGGUGUCUAUCGUGUUAGAAAUCAUGCUAACAUAAUCUUCUAUUAGUAGAUGUCCCAAAAGAUUUCACUCUUCAUCUUUGCCUAAAAAAUUAUUAGCCAGACAUAGUGAUAGCAUGUUGGUGCUUCAUACUCACUAACUAAUGUGUUAUGCUCACUCCCUCUUAGUGUGUACACACUAACUAACACGUUUUGCUCACUAUUUGAGGUAAAAAAUUGCUAGCAUGAGGGUGUUCUUGUUAUGAGCUCUUAUUAUACAAAGUAAAAAGAUAUAUGGACAAGUGUGACAAAUAUGAUGAGUAUAGGUUGGCUCAAAUGGAAAUGAGCAAUAAGAUUGAAUAGAAGAAUUUCAUAGGAAUGAAGCAGAUUUAAGUGUUGUGCAUUAAGGAAGAUGAAUGUGGCUGAUAUGCCUUAUAAACUAUGAAGUUCGAUGAUAAGAGUGCGUAUGCUCAAAGAGGAAUUUUGCGAGAAGGUUGGUAUAGCUGUUAUUGAAGAUAAAGGGAGAACCAAUUUUGUUGGUUCAAGUGUGGAAGUCAUCGAGAAGUUCAUGCACUAACAUGGAGAGUGAACUCUUAGAGCGUGAGAGAGUUCAAGAGAAGUGGGGUAGACUGAAAGUGUCUUGGAUAAAAGGUGUUAUAUGGACAGUAGAGAAGCAACAAUAGCAUCCAACUCAGUAAAAUCCCACAAAUGGUGUUUAGGGUGGGUUUGCACCGACCUUACCCCUACCUAGAGAAGGUAGAGACUAUUUCCGAAAGACUCCCAGCUCAAGCAAAUGGUACAUGACAGAAAGGAAUGGAAAAGAGGACUUUAGUGGAUGAUCUAGGUGAAUUUUCUACUGGUUCAUGUAUCUGACCUCAAUGAAUUAAGACUAACACUUAUUUUUUGUAUUUCUGUUUUACUAUGUGAAAUAUUGUGAAAUUAUAGUGUUUUACCUUUCAGCUAGCUGCAUGUACUGUUUAACACUAUCCAGUCAUUUUUUUAUGAUUUAUUUACUGUAUAACAUUAUGCACUUAUAUGCUCAUACCCAGCCUGUUACCUUGACGUGUAACCACAACCUGAAGAGGAUUAUCAUACUCAUUAGAUGUGAGCUCUAUCUAUUGACACUUUAGCAGGGCACUAAGUGCGAUGUUCGAGAUAGCAGUGAUGUAAGAAGCUUAGUUGCAUUCGCAAAGCAAAACCUUAAGCACAUAGAUCUAUGGAUUAAUAAUGCUGGAUCAAAUGCGUAUAGCUACAAACCACUAGUAGAAGCCUCUGAUGAAGAUCUUAUUGAUGUUGUCACAACAAAUACACUUGGUAUGAUGUUAUGCUGCAGAGAGGCUAUAAGCAUGAUGCUUAGUCAGCCUCGAGGGGGUCAUGUAUUUAAUGUUGAUGGAGCUGGAUCCAACGGAAGGCCAACCCCCAGAUUUGCUGCUUAUGGGGCAACUAAGCGUAGUGUGGUGCACCUUACAAAAUCAUUGCAGGCUGAAUUGGAGAUGCAAGAUGUAAAAAAUGUUGUAGUGCACAACCUCUCGCCUGGAAUGGUCACCACUGAUCUGCUUAUGUCUGGUGCUACCACGAAGCAGGCCAAAUUUUUCAUAAACGUAUUGGCAGAGCCCCCGGAUGUGGUUGCCAAUUAUCUUGUCCCAAACAUUAGGUCCAUACCCACACGUGGAUCGACAAAACCUACUUACAUUCGUUUUCUCACCGGAUUAAAAGCAUAUUCACAGAUAUUCUCACGAAUCGCAUUUGGUGCGAGGAGGAAUAGAUAUAUUCCUGAGGAUUGACGGAACAAAGCGUUAUCAAUGCUUGCAUAAUCAUAUGUUUUGCAACCCGAGCUUAAACAGAGUGAGGCAUGAGGUGUCCUAAAAUUGAUGAAAUGCACGAACAUUGACCAAUCAAAUUGAGUUUGUUUUUUCAUAAAAAAAUUGAGAUUGUUUAGUAGAAGUAGUGUAAGGACUAACGUUGUGCGGAUGAAGGAGAAUAAUUUUUACUUGAUUUGUGAUUCGUAUUUAAACAUGAUGAUUCAAUUUGAAUAUAAAUAUACAUACUUCGUAUGA